AUGUAAGAAAAACAUAAAAAUUUUUCACUUAGAAUAAAGAAUAUUGAAAACAAAAAUCAAGCAAUAAUCAUUGAUGAUGAUGAUGAACCAAAAAUGUAAGAUUAAAUUAGCAAAUUAGUUAAAAAUAAAUAAAAUAAAAUGAGUACUAAUUUGAUAGUGAGAUUACUCCAUGGUUAAGUCAAAAAACAGCUUCUAUAAAACAUCCAACAAUUCGAUUUCAUAAUGAGAUCAUUGAAUUUUAUGAUUACAUAUGUCCUACAAUUGAAGAGCAUAAAAAAAGAGAACAAGCAUUUAAGAGAGUUGAAAUAUUUAUAAAGGAAUGUGUUUCAGAAGUAGAUAUCUAAGCAUUUGGUAGUUUCAAAACGAAGCUUUAUUUGCCUAAUGCAGAUAUUGAUGUUGUUAUGAUAGAUAAAAGCAUUUCGGCUAAAGAAUUAUAUAAAAAAGUUGCAUAAAGUUUAAUGAAGAGUGAUAAGUUUGAAAAUGUGAAUUUAAUUGCCAAUGCAAAAGUACCAAUAAUAAAAUUCUUUGAAGUUGAAUCUUAAUAUCAAUUUGACAUAUCAUUUAAUUAAAUGGAUGGUCUAAGAUAAAUUGAUGAAAUUCAAAAAGCAUUUUCAAUUUAUCCUGAAUUUAAAUAUCUAAUAAUGAUUUUAAAAUGUAUGUUGAAGUAGCGUGAAUUAAAUGAAACUUAUAGUGGAGGAAUAGGUUCUUUUUUACUAUUUCAGAUGAUUUUAGCAUUCUUGAGAGAAAUAAGAAAAGAAGCAUUUGCAAAUAAAAAAUAAGAACAAUUAAAAAAUAUAACAUUAGGAGAGUAUAUAUUAAGAUUCUUGGAAUUUUAUGGAUAGAAAUUUGAUUAUCAAAGAAAGCGUAUUUUAAUGGUUAAUGGAGGAAGUAUCAUAAAUAAGCAUGCUCCUGAUGAUAAAUUUUCUUUGAUAAGUCCCUAAGAUCCAGAUCAUGAUAUAGGAAGCAGCAGUUUUAGAAUAAAGGAAAUAUUUAAAAUCUUUGCAAAUAGAUACAAUUACAUGUCUAAUUAUAGUUUUAAGCCAGAGGAAUCUGUUUUGAAGUACUUAAUUAACCCUUCGGAUUAAAAAUUUACUUUUAUUAAGCAAAAUUGA